AUCUAAGUAAGCAUGCAUGGACAACUUUAAUUUCCUAUGUCUUAGUAGAGUCAAACUUGAAUUCUUCGUUUAUGCUUUUUUGAUUGGUUAUUUUAUACCAUGUAGGGAUGAAAGUGAGCUCAUAGAAAAAAUCGUCAACAGCGUGUGGAGGAAAGUGCAAGCUACAUUCACGCUAUUAGAUUCCUCAAGGAAGUUAGUCGGAACUGAUUAUGCACUCGAGCAACUAAGUAUGUUGUUAGCUUAUGAUGCAGAUGAUGUUCGAUUUAUUGGGAUAGCUGGGAUGGGUGGCAUAGGCAAGACUACUCUUGCCGAGCUAGUUUAUGAUAAAACCUUCCACCAUUUUGAUGUUCAUUGCUUUCUUCGCAACGUUAGAGAGGUUUCUAAAGCAGACCCUACCCUAAGUGGUCUUCAAAAAACACUUCUUUUACCGAUGUUGAAAGAAAAGAUUCGGGACCAACAAUCGGGAAUCAAGUACACCGAGAAGUGCUUACACAACAAAAAGGUUCUUCUUGUACUUGAUGAUGUGGAUGACAUAAGCCAGCUACAAGUACUAGCUAGAAAGAAAGAUUGGUUUGGCAUGGGAAGUAGAAUUAUCAUUACAACUAGAAAUGAACGUUUGCUGGUCCAGCAUGACAUAACAUUAUGUCAUAACGUCAAGGUGUUAAAUGAUGAUGAAGCUCUUGCACUGUUUAGUCAAAAUGCCUUUAAGAAAAAUCUGCCUGAGGAUGGGUUUUUGGAACUGUCUAAGUAUUUCGUUAAUUAUGCUGGAGGCCUUCCAUUAGCUCUUGAAACUUUGGGGUCAACUUUGUUUAAGAGAGGGCUAGAUGCUUGGAAUAGUGUACGGGAUAAUCUAUCAAAAAUUCCUAAUCCAGCAAUUUUUUAUAAGCUUAAAAUUAGUUUUGAUGGACUAGAAGAGAUGGAGAAGAGAAUUUUUCUCGAUGUUGCAUGUUUCCACAAAGGGAAGUACGCCAAGCAAGUAAUUGAAAUACUAGAUAAUUCUUUUGGAAUUUCUAGUAGUACUCUAAUAGAUUCGCUAAUUGAGAAAUCUCUCCUCUAUCAAGAUCACCUAAAACGUAUGUGGAUGCAUGAUUUGAUACAAGAAAUGGCAUGGACAAUUAUUGGUCAUGAGUCUAAAGAGCCUAGUCUACGCAGUAGGUUGUGGCUCUACAAUGACAUUUACCAUAUAUUCACGACGAAUUCGGGAGGAGGUGGGAAUACGGGAACGGGGGCUAUUGAAGCCAUAUCCCUACGCUUGCUCAAAGUAGAAGAGUCUCUUCCAACUAGCUUUCAACUGCGUUUGCUUACUCAACUUAAAAUGCGUAAGAGCAAACUUGUUCGACUAUGGGAGGGGAAAAAGGACUUACCCAACUUGAAAUAUAUCGAUCUUAGCUACUCCAAUAAAUUAAUGAGUACCCCAGAUUUCAGUGGUAUUCCAAAUCUUGGGAAGUUGAUUCUUUGGGAUUGUAAGAAUUUAGUUGAGAUUCACCCAUCUAUUGCAGUCCUCAAAAGACUUGAAGUUUUGUACCUUCAUGGCUGUGAAAGCAUUAAUAGCCUCCCAAGUGAGGUUGAAAUGGAUUCUCUUGAGACUUUCGAUCUUGAUGGCUGCUCAAAUGUGAAAAAGAUUCCAGAAUUUGGAGAGCAGAUGAAGAAUUUGUCCCUGAUUUCCUUAAAAGGGACUGCGAUCGAGAAAAUACCUUCAUCAAUAGGACAUCUAGUUGGCCUUAAGGGUUUGUAUCUACGUAAUUGCAAAAAUCUCUUGAACCUUCCAAGGGCUAUUUGUAAUUUGAAGUCUCUUACAUAUCUCGAUAUGAUGGGAUGCUCAAAACUUGACAAACUCCCAGGAGACAUGGAUCACUUAGAGGUGCUUGAAUUGGGAGCCACUAUGACCGAGCCACUUGUAGGUAUGAAAAAUCUCAAACGUCUUGUGUUUGACGGAUUGGAUGCUAAAGCAAGGGACAUAUGGGGCUUUCUCCGCUUGUUAGGACUCAGAAAAAGUCGUCCUGAUCCUCCUUGUUGGGGUUUGGUAUUGUCUUCUCUAAAUCGUUUAUGCUCAUUGAAAGAGUUAUAUCUAAGUAAUUGUAAACUCUCUGAAGGAGACAUCCCCGAUGAUAUUGGUUGCUUGUCCUUUUUGGUGGAAUUGAUUCUCAGUGGAAAUAAUUUUGUCAGUCUACCUGAAAGCAUUAGAUGCCUUUCUAAGCUCAAGUAUCUUGAUUUGGAGGGGUGCAAAAGCCUUCAAGAAUUGCCACCUCUUCCAUCUAGCAGCGAAUUAUGUGUAAAUGUGAAAGAUUGUACUUCCUUAAAAAGGUUGUCAGAUCCAUCCAAGUUAAGUAGCAGAUUCACCAAUUUGUAUGACUUUGACUUCACUUGCAAGAAUUGCACUGCAUUGGUUCAAGAUGAAGGCUGGAACAAUACAAUACUCUCAAGGGUUCGAAGAAUUGCCACUCAGACCAAGGGACUGAAUCUAUAUUCCCAAAAACUGGACCCAGAUGUUGUAUGGCCUGGAAGUGAAAUUCCAGAGUGGUUCAGUAAUCAGAGUGUGGGACAUUCAAUAAAUGUGGAGCUUCCACCACCAUCAUGUACCAACUGGCUGGGGAUUGCCUUUUGUGUUGUUUUUCAAGAUCCUACGCAAAACUUGGCUAAUCCAACUGCCCCUUGUCAUUAUGAUUAUUUCAAUAUUCAGUUUUUAGGGGAUUGCCUUUUGCGAUGGGAUUGGGGGAAACAAAAAGCAGACUUCAAUAGUGUGAAGAAGUGUGGGGCUCGUUUGGUGUACAAGCAAGAUUUGAAAGAGCUCAAUCAAACAUUGAAAAUCCUGAAGCGAACACAUGAAUGUCGUGACGAGGUAGCUUCAAGUGGACCUGAAAGUGCUAGAUGCAACAUCACAGAACAAAUCCGCAAAAGGCAUUGUUACUACUAG